AUGUCUACUCUGUCAAAGAAAGAAGAUAUCUACAAUAUGCUCUUGAAAGGAAUCCUCAUUCAAGAGGGCAACGUGUGGUUUUCAAUUGGAAGUAAUGGAAAAAGAGAUGAAUUGAUAUCAGCAAGAAAGUUUUCAUACAAAAACCGAUUGUCACAUAAGUGGCGAUCUGCAACAAAAUCAAGGUUUCAUAAAGUGGCAGAGAUGUUAGAUAUCUCCAAUCUAAAGAUCCAAAUAAAGAUAAAGCCUCUUUUUUUUGUGAAACAUGAAGAAAUCAAAGUUGAAAAUUAUGACGAGGGUGAAAAGUCAUUUAGCGAAAAUGAAGUGAGCAAAAAGAAGCAUUAUAUGCUUUCAGCAAAGGAGGCUCUUUAUGAAUCUUCUAAUGUGAAGCUUUUUGAUUCAAUACCCUCAACCCAGUCAAGAUUCCAAGAGGUGAUUGAGCUUGCACGACAACAAGUAUUCCAUAUCAAGUGCAAGAUUGAAAGUCAAAGGUUGUCACCAGAUACAGAAUACGCAUGUUACCUUGUGUUCAAGCUUUCAGAAAACUGUCACGGGUUGCAUUGUCCUGUAAUAGUACGAGAUGUACUCCAACGCAAAAACAAAGAGAAAGGAAUUCUUUAUUUUAGAUCCCCAACCCCAUGUAAUGUCAAUGACACUAAUCGGGUUCCAAAAGAGAGGGAAGAUAUAUGGAUGGAGGUCAAUGUGUGGCAAUUUAACUCAAGUAAUCAGCUUCGAGAUGAUUGUGUUUCUAUAAAUUUGAAACUGAUAAGUUAUGAAGGAACUAUGUCUGGCCUUAUUGUAAGCAGCCUCGAGUUUCGGUCUAUUUAAGCUGAUAUAUGAGAUAAUGAUGUCAUUUUUACUGUUUCAAGUGCUACAAGUCUACUUGUACAUUUUCCACCAAACAAUUGUUCAUCGUUGUUACAGACAAGCUCAAUUACAUUGUAUGCACUAAAUGGCCC